GAAGUUUCUCCCCAUAUUUCAGUGGCACUUCCCAUGUUCCAGCUUGUGCCUGUUGCCCCUUGUCCUGUCCCUGGGCACUGCUGAGCAGAGUCUGGCUCCAUCCUCCUGCACCCACCCUGAGACACUUGCAGGCACUGAUAAGGUCUGUCCUCAGCCUUCUCCUCUCCAGGCUGAACAGCCCCAGCUCCCUCAGCCUUUCCUCAUCAGGGAGAUGCUCCAACCCCCCAGUCAGCUUUGUUGCCCUCCCUGAAACCUCUCCAUCAGUUCCUGUCUCUCUUGAACUGGGGAGCCCAGAACUGGUCCCAGUUCUCCAGCUGUGGCCUCACCAGGGCAGAGCAGAGGGGGAGAAUGACCUCCCUCGACCUGCUGGCCACACUCUUCCUUAUGCACCCCAGGAUUCCAUUGGCCCUCUGGCCACCAGGGCACACUGCUGGCUCAUGGACAGUUUGCUGUCUACCAGGACUCCCAGAUCUUUCUCCUCAGAACUGCUUUCCAGAAGAUCCACCCCUAAUCUAUAUUCCUCUGGGUUAACUUUCACCUGAAGCCCAACCUGCAGAAGGAGAGAAUCAAUCCCAUUUUGAGCAAAAUUUUAUUUCCGUAGGAGCAUUCACGGGGUGGGGAAUGUGCAAAGCUUUGAAAUCCUUUCCAAACCCCUCACAGCUGCCAACCAUUCUUCCCCCAACUUUGCUUAGAGCUGCAGGAGAAACAAAUGUUCACAUGAAGAGCAGCUCCAGCAAGUUUCUUGCCCAGUGUCACUGCUGGGCUCACAGCUCCCACUUAUUCCUGUCCAAGCCCAAGCAGGACAUGGUCCACACAGUACAGAGAUCACUGCCAGGGGGAGGGAAGCAUGAAGUUCCUGGGACAGAACACCUGCUAAUCCAAGGGUUCAGUUCAGCUUCCAGAGCAAGGGAGAUGCACCCUAAGGACAAGAAGUCCUUCAAAAUACAACCUGUCAAAACCAGAGAGUUGUUUUCAUCAGGUCGGGUAGGCAGGUGGCAGCCCUCCUUCUUGCCAAGAACACUAAAAGGAACCAAGGAGUGUCCUAGGGAAAAAUCACACAGAUUUGGGAGCAAUGAGCCCUUAGUUAGACCCUCAGCCUUUAAACCAGUAGUUCCUAAAAACUUCCAUUCCAUGCAGAACCUCUGCCCGCCGCAGAGCAACGGGGUGACAGAGAACAGGAAGAGCCUGAACCACGCCAACAGCAAUAGCCCGUCCGCUCCCAAAAGCGGGCUGGACAGGAGCAGCCUUAACAGGACUACCAACCCCGUGGGGGGGCUUUCAGAUUCGGGCCGUAACUCGUUAACCAGCUUGCCCACCUACGGGACGGGCUACAGCCAGCACGUGGGACCCAUGAGCGCCUCCACCAGCCACAUCAACCGCAUCGGGACGACCUACGUGGAGAAGAACAUCGCGGGCUACAACGGGAUAUCUACCUCAGACAGCGGGCGGUCCUCCAGCAAGAGCACCUCGUCCUUCAACAGGCUGAACCACCUCAACGAGACCGUGCCCUUCCACUCGCCUUCGACCGACGACAUCAUCCAAGACCUGGAAGACCGGCUGUGGGAGAAGGAGCAGGAGGUGCUGCAGAUGAGGAGGAACUUGGACAAAAGCGAGGCGGCCAUCUUCCAAGUGUUCGAGGAGAAGCAGAAGAUCUGGGAGAGGGAGAUGGAGGACCUGAGGCAAAACUACGCCAACAAGCUGCAACAGGUCUCCAAAAAAGCCCAGCGGGCUCAGCAGGCCUUGCAGCUCCAAAUCUUCAAGCUCCAGCAAGAGAAAAAAAAGCUCCAGGAUGACAUGGGGCAACUCCUGCAGCAGCGAGAGGAGCUGGAGAAGAAGUUUGUGGCUUUCAAGAAGGAACAGGCUGAGUUUCUCCCCAAGAUCGAGGAGACCAAGUGGGAGGUGUGCCAGAAGGCGGGCGAGAUCUCCCUGCUCAAGCAGCAGCUGAAGGACUCCCAAGCAGACGUCUCCCAGAAGCUGAACGAGAUUGUGGGACUGAGGACGCAGCUCAAGGAAGGUAAGAACUUCCUGAGGGAGAAGGAGGAGCAGAUCCUCACCCUGAAGGACUCCUACAGCUCCAAGAGCGUCAACCUGGAGAUCUGCGAGGGCGAGCUGCAGCGGAAGAUGAGCGAGGUCCAGGUGCUGAGGGAAAAACUGAACCACUGUGAGCUGGAGGUCUCCAGCCUGAAGCGGACAAUUGCCAGCAUGGGACCUCCGGGGCCUUUUGGUGGGGAUCUUGGUGAGAAGCUGAGGGACCCUCUGGCCUGUGAGAGCGACGAAGCCAAGAUGCAGCGGCAGAGCGAGGACAGCGUGAACACGCUGCGGAAGGAGGUGGAGAGGCUCCAGAUGGAGCUGAAGCUGGAGAGGCAGCAGCGGGAGCAGCAGGUGAUGGACUUUGAGGAGGAGAGGCGCACGUGGCAAGAGGAGAAGGAGAAAGUCAUCAAGUACCAGAAGCAGCUGCAACUGAACUACGUGGAGAUGUACCAGAAGAACCAGCUCCUGGAGCACAAGGUGAACGAGAUGAACACCAAGGCCACCAGCCCCCCACACACCGAGGAGAAAAAAACAUGGACUCCCUCCAGACUCGAGAGAAUAGAGUCCACCGAGAUCUGAGGUGGGACCAAGAAAACACGAGGUCAUGUUGGUGGGGUUUUUUUUAAGGCUGUGCAUGUACUACCUACUCAAGCCAGUGAUCUUCCGACGGAAAAAAAGCGCUCCGGGAGGAGAGGUGUGACUCUGCUCACGCCCAGCUCCACCACCCCUCACACUUCUGUGCUCUGUAGGUAAAACAACUGUGGAUGUGCGUUGGUUUCCUAUCGAUGAUGUGACAUCUCCCUUGGUUUGUUUUCUUUUCCUGGUACAGCUGGCGAGGGUCAGCUGGCUCUUCUGGAAUCUGCCAUGACUCUUGCUUCGUCAGAGGCUGCCACCCCCUCUCCUACAAUUCACCCCCUCUUUUGGUUGGUUGUUUUGGAGGGUUGGGUUUGGUUUCUUUGGUUUUCCAAGCAUUUAUGUGCAGCAAAACAGUUCCAAGUGGCAGAUUUGGUUUUGGGUUUGGUUGGUUGGUGGUUGUUUUGGUUUUUUUUUUCCAGAGCAUUUUUAGCCACAUUGGCUAAUGGAGCAAAGCUCUCGAGGUGAUGAGCAGACUCCGUGUUCUGCAUCAAGUAUCUUGUCUAGACGGUGGUCUUGGUGAAGUCAGUGGGAGUUUGGCCACUGAUUUCAGUGAAACCAGACAUAUCUCUAACAGAUGACUCCCUCUUGCCGUGGUUGCAAGAGGUUAGGACAUGGUUGAGGAGCAGGAUGAGCCUGCCCUGGGAACAGAAGCCAACAAGGAAUGAUGACCCAGCAGGAGCCUCUUUGGAGGCUCAGCAGAGCUCGACAGAUGCUGCGUUGUCAUUUUGUUGUGGUUUCCUCCUGCAGUUCCACUUCUCCCCCGGGUUGUGACCAACCCUGGGAGCAGAAAUACCCUCCCACCUCUGCCUUGGUCCCUCUCUUCUUACCAUAUACUCAAGCUGGCUACAGCAUGACAAACAAAAAGGCUUGGAAAUCCAAGCUGGUUUCCCUUCCCAAGAGCCCAAAGUCAAUGGAAGCAAGGUCUGGGGAAGCCUCCAAACCAGUGGGACGUUCAUGCAAACUGAAGCUUCAGCAAUUUGCCCCAACAAUGGGCAACUGUGCCACCCCACUCCCCAGUGAGUGAUGCUUUGGUGAGCUCUGCUGGUCCAGGGUCUGCUUCAGAAAUGGCAUCGCUCAGGAACCUCAGCAAGCACCUACCAGCGUUACCACCAGAUUGCAACGGAGAGAUCAUCUGCCUCCAGUUGCAGCCACUUCAGACACCACCCAGAGUGAGCCCAAGGGACAUCACACAUUCCAGGGACAGAGAUAACACAGGCCCAGCUUAAAAAAAUACUCAGCUACUAACUCUGAGCAUGAAAGCAGAGAGAGGAAGGGAAAAAGCUCUGGUAACAUCACACAAGUGCUUGUCCCCUGGCAGACUAAGAACCAAAUCCCAUGUCUCAGUCACUGAGCAUGGCACAGGCAUCAAAAACCAGCAGUCAGUUUUCAAAGGUGGCCAAGGUGGGUCUGGCUCUUCCUUUUCCCCCAGACACUGUUUUACCAUGAACCACAGCAAAGAGUCCAAAACUGUUGCCAAGCGGAGUUUGCGCUGACUGAGCAGUGGCCGAAGGAUCAAGGUAAAGUGGGAAAUCUGGCUCUUUGGGAGCAGCUAGAAGAACAAAGCUAGAAUUAGCACUGGGAUGUCUUGGGAUGUCUGUGAGGUGAGUCCAGGGAGAGUUUGGCCAGAUCACUUUUCACCUGCAUACCAAGGAAGAACCUCAGGGUGUGGAGGGGCUGAAGACCUUCCAACCAAAAGCCCUGCAGCAACUCGCUUUCCAUGUUUGCUUCCACAGAAGUUUCCUCCUCUCCAUCACCAGAUCUGGCCUUCAAGUCGGGACCAAACGUUAUUGUGGUGAGCUCCAAACUGAGCAAAGAGGCUGGGGAGGAGAGAGGAGACUCUGGUUAAUCCCACCAACCUCCAGCCAAGGUCCACAAACCAUGGGCGGGAGCUGUUGGUGGCUGGCAGCAAUCCCUGGAGCCACAGAAAAUGGAGAUGUGUGAUGAGACCAGAGCUUUUCAAGACCCUGGUUGAGGGCACCUGGCUUUUCCCACUGCUUCUGCUUGUGCCUUUGGAGCUGGAGGAAGCCAUCAGCCUGAAAAACACUUGGGCACCUGAGGCUAAGCCCCACUCCCAGGACCAGCCACAGAAAGGGGCACUAGGUGAGGUCUGAGCCCGGAAGGGUGUGGAGAUGAGUCCCACUAUGAAUCCUGCAGACUCUCCAGUGCUCUUGGACAUCAUCAGCCCGUGCACCCCACUGAGGAAGGACUGCAGCUGCCUUCCCAUGUCACCCAGCAGAAGACUUUGCCACGCCAAGGGAGAUACCCACAUGUGCUGCAUAAACAUGGCCAAGCAAAUCCUAGAGCUUCCUCCAUUCCAUACACUGGGCCUUCGAGAUGGAGUCAAACAUCCCACAAGAUCAGGGUUGGAGAUUUGGUGUCUCGUGUCAUCUCAGCUUUCUGUGCCUCUCUUUCCACAUCAGAUAAACCCACCCUGCCUUCGUUCCCAAAGCAAGAGUGUUUGUGAAGAGCUUUGCAGUCCUUGGGCUAAAGGGCAGAGCACGGAGAAGCUGCAAGAGGCUCAGUCUCAGAUGGUCACACGGUGUUUUUGAGGCCACCACGUGAAAAGCAAACCCAACACCAAGUACCCUCACCACAUAUGGGUCCAAUACCCUGGAGGGUCACUUCCACCUGCGCUUCUCCUGGCCCCAGGGACGCUGAGGUUGGUUUCCCACUAAUCACAGAGGAAGCCAGUGUUUCAGUCAGUGGCUCAAGAACAUCCAGAGCGACUGAGUUUCAAGGAUGGGCUGCUGAGGAGGUGUACACCACAAUGCCCAGCUGUGCUAGCACUCAAGAGGAACAGACACCAGCAUCAUCCUGUGGGACACCUUUCACCAGGGCUCCUUGCUAAUCCACAGGCAGGAGAAGCAGGGGCUUGUCUGGCCUCCCCACAUCAGCCAAGCUCUCCAAUAUGCCAGGUUUGCUUCAUCAUCUUUCUCCCAGAUCUUCACUGUCAUGGUGCCAGGAAGGAGUGUGUCCUGAUGGACCCAGUGAAACCUGGAGGCAUAUGGGUUUGUCUGAAUGUGGGAGGGUGCUGGGCUGUCCAGGGACUCAAUGGUCUCACAGUGCAUCCAUGAGGGACUGCUGAGCUCCUUGGGAUGGAGGAGGAGUGGCAAGGAGAGAUUUUUCACCUGGGGGAGGAGGAGAGGUGCCUACACUCCCUUCACCUUCUUCACUGCAUCACUUUGAUCUAGAGUUUCAAUCCAGAUCUGAGUCACCUCGAUUGUGGCCAUUCCCUGGAUGAUGAAGAGCCUUGCAGACACCCAUUAAGAUGGGUGCUGCUGAUGGUGGUUUUCCCUCUCUUGGGAUUUGCCCAGCAGCCCCCAGGCACUCAGCUGUCCUGCAGAAACCACCUCCCUGUGCUACGGUUACAUCAAGUGCAGAUGUUUUGGCAAGUGCCCCAGCCAAACUGCCAUGAAGGAGUCCUGCUCUUCAGGAAUCCUCCCCAGAACUGGAUGCACUGCUUCCCAUCAUGUCCUCUCCACGUGCUAGCACUGUGUGGCCACAUGCUGGCAACCGGUCUCUCUCUGAGGUGACCACACUUUGCUCAGCAGAGAUGGAGCUAAAUGAUGGUGGGACCACCUGGGUUCCAGCUGUGGCCCAGAAGGGAGCUCACCCAGCUCUUUCUAGACCUUAACACUUCUAUCUGCUGGUGGGAUGAAGUCUCCCAGCACAGGUUUGGUCUGCAAUGAGGCCCUGGGGUUCUUAACCCUGGAGCAAGACAUCCAAGGGGUUUGGUGGUUUGAUGACAUAUCCUGAGAACGGCCAAGGAGGUUGACAUCUUGUCUCCUGGAGGCUCAGACAGGGCUGAUGAAAUGUUUCUGUCCUGUGAAACUCACCUCAGAGUCUGGGCUUGACCCUAACCCCCCUGUCUCCUCCACCUUUCUCAGCCAGCUCUGGAGCUGAUGGGAUCCAGUGUGACAUGCUGCUCCACGUGCAGUUCUUCAAGUACUGCCCUCAACAACCUUGCAUGUGGUUAGUGUUUCCACUCCAACAACAAGUCAUCUCUAACUUGCCAUUGGCAACCACAAAAGCCACGGUGACCAGCUCAGUUGACCACACAUGGGGUCCAGGAACAUUAGAGAUGCUCUGGGAUACCUGAUAUGUGGGGCUGGCCAAUGUGAUCUAAGACCUAUGGGAGAGCCAAGCCAGUGGUGGGAAGACCUGGAGCAUCUCUAGUGGCACGUCACCCAUGUGCAGGCAACCGAGCCAUGCUCCAGGCAUGUCCAUAUGGACAUUAUGUGAGCCAAGAGAGGACACUGCUCAGCUCCAGCAAUUCCCACCCAUGAGGAUUGGGGCUAAGGAGGCUAUCCUGGUGCCAGGGAAGGUCCCAAGCAGCUCCUCUUACCACUCGCUGCGUGCGGAGCUGCGUUGCUCCACCAUCCUUUCCAGGCUGGCUGCUGUCACUCUUGAGAUGCCAGCCUGGCUAGUUCUCCUCCCCCAGCCACCACCCUGUCUCACCCCGGCUGCGAAUGCCACAACCAGCACACUUUGCUGUCCCUCACACACUCCCACCCACCUGCUGCCUCCCUCCGGUGGCACCAGCUGCCCCGUUCCUGCUGCCGGAGGGAGGUCACCUCCAGGUUUCCCCCCUCAAAGCAGGAAUGGGAUCCUUGCUCUGACACCGCUACCUUAUCUGGAGACAAGUGGACCUGGAUGUCAAUACCAGCCCAGCUCUGUACAUGCCGUGAUUAAACGAAGAGACACCAAAGCUCUGUGGCUCCUCUGUGGGUGAGCGGGAUGUCGGGCAGCGACAGGCAGCUCGAGCAGCGCCAGGGUGCUCAGCACCCCUGGGCUUCUGCUGGCUGCUGUGGAAACGGGGCAGCUCAGCACCUCCCAGGGAGGAAAUCCACUCCGACAGAGCCAUCUGCUAUCACAGAAUCCCAGACUGGUUUGGGUUGGAAGGGACUUUCAAGACCAUCCAGUCCCACCCCCUGCAUGGGCAGGGACACCUCCCACCAGACCACGUUGCUCCAAGCCCCAUCCAACCUGCCCUUCAACACUGCCAGGGAUGGGGCAGCCACAGCUUCUCUGGGCAAAUCUGGGUCUCACUAUGCUUCAAUUCUUGGUGUCAUCUUAGCCAGGAUUUGCCAGGUUAAGGCUGAAGUCCCCUCCGCCCAUCCUCAUCUUCCCCCCAAAACCCCUUGCAGGCAGUGGCUCCCAGCAGUGUCCUCCUUGAGCCUGCUGCCCAUGAGGUCUACCCAUGGAAAGGACCGAGCCCCCCACUCCCACCCCUUGCAGUGGCACUUUAGAGCUUGCUCAAGAUACCGAGCUCAUGAGCAACAUGACCAAAGAUCUCAGGAGGGUAUUGGACUGCAUGCCUGGAGCUGCCUCCCCACUUCCCUGGGGAGGGACAAGGCUGGCAUGGGCUGGGAAGCGCAAACAAGAGCUGGCAGAGGACAGGAGAGGGCUUGGAUUUCCCUGAGUCCCACCUGGGAACAUCUGCAGGGCCAUGAGGGGUCUUCCCUGUGCUAGAUAGGACAGGGUAGAAAGGAGUUCCUGGGUGAGCUGAUUGUCCCCAGUUGGUUUCACCAGUAUGUUCCAUGGCCCUGCCAACUAGCUCCAUGCACCACCCAGGGAGAGUGUGGACCAGGGGCUUUUUCCCAGGAGAUUAGGAUGGAUGGAUGGAUGCAAUUCCCCUUUUUUCUUGGGGAGGUGACAGGAUGCAUGCCAAGCCAUUCCACCUGUCUGCAGGGCCACAGGUCUCCUCUGCUUUAGCAGCAGAUGUUGCUACAGGGUCCAGGGCUUGUUCUGGCUCAGUGUGAAUUGGCCAGGAAAAUGUGUAUCCUGAGAGCUGGUGGCCCUGCUGGCUGCCCCCUUGGUGUCCCCUCCCCACCUCACCCCAGGGCACCCUCAGCACCCUCCUUUCCAGGGAACCAUCUGCUAAGGUCAAGGUGCCACAGUCUUUGCUUCUCCUGCCUGGGGUGCUGAAGGCAUCUCUGCCCACCUUAGCUCCAUGAAGGCUCCUGAACCUGGUCCCAGCCUUGGCGAGUGGGAGAUCUGUGCUCCUCCAGUGGAGAUGGGUGCUGGGGUGGGUCUGGCCUCCAGCACACAACACCCCUUCACCACACCUCUGCUGCCCAGCUGUGCUAAGCCUGCUCUGCUCCCUCCCUACCAAGGCCAGGACAUGCAGGACAGCUCUCACUUCUGCCCUGGAUGGCAGCAGGUCCUGCUUGUCAUUACUCAGCCUUGAAGGCCACUUUCUAGGGUUACUUUUCAUCAAGACCCCAUGCUGAAGAUCUGCUCCUUGUGUUGCCUGUGUCCUGCUACUCCUCUGCCCCAGCUCUCCAGAGCCCCCUGCCUCCUUUUAGAUCAUCACCACCCCUGUUGUCCCAGGAGCAGGCAGUGCCUCUCCCAUUACUCACAGAGCUACAUCUGAACAAGCCAGAGCUGAAGCUCAAAGCCACCAUUGACAGUGGCAUGUCCUGACCCUGCCCUCAGAGGAGCUUUCUAGACUGCUGAUCUUCACCUCUUCCUCCUGUCAUGCCCAGGUCAGGUAGGUUGGCCCUGCUUUACCUCCAAGAGCACUCCAGCUUCUUGCUGAAGAGCAUCCCCAUGGCUUCCAAUCACUUGAGAUCACUUUGUGGGGCCUCCCCACCAUCACAACAUCACACCCCAGACAGCUCUGGGGCUUCCCUGGUCCUUCCACCCUCUAGAAGGACAGGGCUGUGAGGGGUGGAUGAGUGUCCCUGGUCUGCAGGGACACGCAGCACCCAUGUCACCUGCUCCCCAGUGCAUCGAGGCGUUGGGAUCAUAACCAGCUGUUUGCAGAUGGUGGCUUCCCAACAAGAUGUUCCAUGCUGGCCGUGCAACUGCUGGCAACACCUGCACUUCCAGGAUAAACCUCCUCUUCCCUGGUUCUCCCAAUGAAGGGGAUGGUGUCAGGUCUGGAGCCUGAGACAACCUCUGGCACACGGGGUUGGGUUUCCAUGGCUCCUUCACAGACCUGUUUUCUCAGGCAGAAAGUCUUGCCUUUCUGUCUCAAAGCAAUAGGUUUUUCUAGAGACUAUUCCCAACUCUGAUCCCUGCAGACAAGACAAUGUUCUGGUGAAUACCUUCCUAGCUCCAGCUCUGGGCUCUCCUCCUUUGGAAAGGGACCAGUCUGGCACCAAAUAGUCACCAAUGGUUUGAGCUUGGUGGUCCCCACCCACCCAGAGAGCCCAAAGCUGCCCGUAUCCAGCAGGCCACCAGUCUGGGUCCCAUGCCCUGACUUCCUGGGUCCGUGCAGCAGGUCUCCUCCAUUAGCUCAAACACAUGGGGAGCUACUGGCUCCCCUGAGCUCCCAGGGUCUGGUUUGGUGACAGGCAGACACCGGUGGGGAGACCACGGCACUGGCUCUGCUGCCGCUGGGAGCCAGGCUGUCCUAGGAGCCCUCUCGGAGGAGAAGACCCUCUCUCUCCCCCAGGGUGGGUUCCCUUCCAGGAGCUGAAGGGAGCACAAGGUGUGCAGGCAGAGCUCCCCCCAGCUGGUGCAGAAGCCUUGCCCACCACCAGCGUGAAGAACAAGCAGCGCUGCACCCCCGACCCACGCGUCUAUGCAGUCCCUCCCCGGGCGGCCGUGUCCCCACGGAGCCCAGCCCAGGGCUGGAGCUCCUCCAAGGUCAUUUGCACUCACUCGGACCUGGUAAACGCUGUGAGCCCAGAGGAACCCCUCUUGGUCUUUGCCUUGCACCGGGCAGGACGCUCGGGGAGGGGUCUCCUCAUCCCAAAACCCAACGCGCGUCGCUCAGCCGCCCGCCUUCUGCUGCCCCUUCUCCAGCAGACCAAGAGGUGUGCCCCCCCCCCCUGCCCCCCAAACCCAGCUCCCCCGUGGGAGCACGUCAGGUGGGGCCAGCCCCCCACGAGCAAGCCUGCUGGCUGAUCUCACCAGCAAUAACCACCCCGUGGAGGAGCAGCCAGAGCUCCAACCCCGGGGCGAGCCGCAGGCUGCGUCCCCGUGUAGAAACCUCUGCAUUACCACCCUUCACCCGAGGUGUUGCGCCUUCCCGACUGUAAAUUCCACCCCAGCCUUGUGCUUUUCUUCCCUCUAUGUUCCUUCCUUGAUGCCUCAGUCUCUCUCUCUGCUCUUACUGUGAAUCCAAACCAGAAGUGUUCUGAUCUCGACUCCGUCACUGUUCCGUCUCCGCGUUGACUGUUGCUGGUUCUUAAAUGAGUCUUUGCAAGGAAAAAAAAAACACACACAAAAACCCCACGAAAAUAAAGAAGGAGGAAAACAAAUUGGAAAUUAGAUAAGAGAUAGAUAUAUAUCCUUCAAAAAAUAAAAUAUUGAAACAAAACUAUGUCCACACCAACUCGGGGUGUCUCUCCGACCCGCUCGUCGCCUCCAAGCACCCGUCGUCUCGACUUUGCCUCCAGUCAGUGUGUUUGAAAACACAAGAGGUGGGAAAAUAAAAGGGGUUCCGGGGUGUUUUUUUUUUGGUGCAGCAAAGGGUGGGGAAAAUUCCCCUGGAGAAAGGAAAGCCUGCUUCCCAACCUCCUGCUCAGCCCGUUUGUGUGUUUCCAUGGGGUGGGAAGAGCCGCCGGUUCCGCCGUGUCCUGCGGUGAAUAGAUGAGUCUGUGUGUGCAGAGGUCUGUACAGAUGUGAGCACAGCUGGAGGUCUGUAUGUACACCUCUCUCUCUCAUCUCCACCCGACUGUGAAGGGUUUUUAUUGGGCGAAAUAAAACGGAGAAAGGCCCCGUUUUAAAAACC